AUGAGCGGGAGACUCUUCUCCCACGGCACUGCCGUGCUGGCUAGGAGAAGCCUCCUAGCUCGUCAACUGCACAAUGCUGGAGCGAGGACGGGCGGCCUGCUGCGCUCAUCCGGGGGUGGCACCGUUGGUCUCCGCGGGAGGCCAUGGCCGCUGCGCGCGAACUGGAUUCACAACGUCUCCGCUGUUCGGACUAUUUCCUUUGCCCGCGUCCUUCCCAAGUUGGCUCUAAAGUUCGCCAGGAUACCUGCCAUGUUUGGUGGUGCUAUGAUUGCUGGACUGGCGUAUAUCCAAUAUCAGGCUGCUCAGGCCGGGAAUUAUGCCAUGGAUAUUAUUCGACAAGCUGGCGACACUGCGGGCGGGGUUGGCUUGUCCAUCUUGCAAAAUAUCCAGGAUAUCGCUGAACAGACGAAUCGUGGGUGGCAGAGAACGAAGGAAGAUAUUGAAUUGCCAGAGUGGGCGCAGAAGGUUCUCCGGCUGAAGGAACUGUCAGAAUCCGGGGGUGGAGGUUCAUCCGGUGGCGGCGGGCGUAGUUCUCCAAAGGAGAGUAGGACGGGUGCGGCCGUGGUAGCUGGUGCUGCAGCAGGUGCCAGACUAGGCCAUGAUUCCGACGAUGACGUUGCUUCAGAUAAGAAGAAUGCAAUCGACGACCAGAUGAUGAUAUUGACGAGAAAGAUGAUCGAAAUCAGAAACAUUUUACAACGGAUUGGCCAGUCUAAUGCAUUAACCUUGCCAUCCAUUGUGGUGAUAGGGUCUCAGUCCUCUGGGAAAAGUUCUGUAUUGGAAGCGAUCGUCGGUCAUGAGUUCCUCCCAAAGGGCUCGAACAUGGUAACAAGACGGCCAAUUGAAUUGACUCUGGUUAACACACCAAAUUCACAGACAGAAUACGGCGAGUUUCCAGCACUCGGGCUUGGGAAGAUAACAGAUUUUAGUCAAAUUCAGCGCACUUUGACCGAUCUCAAUCUUGCAGUUUCGAAAAAGGACUGUGUGUCAGACGACCCCAUUCAACUUUCAAUAUAUUCUCCGCACAUCCCCGACCUUUCACUGAUCGAUCUGCCUGGAUAUAUCCAAGUUGCUGGCCGUGACCAACCUCCGGAGCUUAAACAAAAGAUCUCCGAUUUAUGUGACAGGUACAUUCAAGCACCCAAUAUCAUUCUCGCUAUUUCUGCAGCAGACGUAGACCUGGCCAAUUCUACUGCCCUUAGGGCCUCGCGGCGGGUCGAUCCUCGCGGGGAACGAACGAUCGGUGUUGUCACAAAGAUGGACCUUGUUGAUCCUGAGAGAGGAGCAAGCAUACUUUCUGAUAGCAAAUAUCCACUUCGGUUGGGCUACGUAGGGGUUGUUUCUCGGGUUCCUCAUACAGCGGGAUUAUUCUCCCGAGGAAGUGAAAAUAUUACAAAUGCUAUUGUCAAAAACGAAAACGCCUUCUUUGGAAGCCAUCCACAAGAAUUUGGUGUGGGCUCCGAACUAUCUGUUGGAACUACAACGUUGCGGAAGAAGUUGAUGCAUACCCUAGAACAAUCAAUGGCUUCAAGCCUUACCGGCACCCGCGAUGCCAUUUUCCAGGAACUUGAAGAGGCAACCUAUGAGUUCAAGGUCCAGUACAAUGAUCGCCCAUUGAGCGCAGAAUCCUAUCUUGCAGAGAGCCUGGACAGCUUCAAGCAUUCAUUCAAAGAAUUUAGCGAGAGUUUUGGUCGUCCUCAGGUUCGUGAAUUACUGAAAAACGAACUCGACCAGCGGGUCCUCGAUCUUCUCGCGCAAAGCCGGAUCCUCUCGAUGAUCUGCCAAAAAGCAGACCCUGAAUCUCUCUAUUGGCAUCGGAAACUGGAUGCAUCUUCAUCUGCCCUUACAAAAUUAGGGAUAGGUCGCCUAGCGACUACGAUAGUGGCCAAUGCGUUGCAAAACCGCGUUGAUGACCUUGUCGCAGCCUCUACGUUUGCAUCUCACCCAUACGCGCAAAAGGCUAUAGCGGAUGCCACAGCCACUAUUCUCAAUGACCGGUUUUUCAGCACGAGCGACCAAGUUGAGAAUUGCAUCAAGCCAUACAAAUUUGAAAUCGAAGUAGAUGAUUUGGAAUGGGCGAAGGGACGAGAAAACAUUAGUAUUGUGCUGAAAGAAGAGCUGAAAGCGUGUGGCCAUGCUCUGAAACAUGUGGAAGAUAAUAUAGGAAAGAGGAAGCUGAAGGAUGUCAUGACCUUUAUCGACAAAAUGCGGAAAGGGGAUAUAUCUAUUGAGGGAGAUGGCUCUGGCGGGGCAGGUGGAUUCAGUGCUUCAUUGCUCCAAAAAGGCCGAGAAGCCGUUUUCCUCCGUGAUCGCGCGGAUCUAAUCAAAAUGCGUCUUCUCGCCGUCCGCUCCAAGCAGUGCGCCUCCAAAAUGAACAAAUACCAUUGUCCCGAAGUCUUCCUCGACGUGGUCGCCGACAAACUCACCGCCACUGCCGUCCUCUUUCUAAAUGUAGAACUCCUCUCCGAGUUCUACUACAAUUUCCCCCGAGAGCUCGAUCUCCGACUCGGCCGCCAUCUCUCGGAUUCGGAAAUUGAGCGCUUCGCACGCGAAGAUCCGCGCGUCCGCCGGCAUCUAGAUGUCAUUAAGAAGAAGGAGAUGCUUGAAUUGGUGUUAGAGAAGAUUGAAAGUUUAAGGCAGCUGGAAGGAGGGAGCAAAACGCAUGGACAACAUGUUUCUGCAUCUAAGGAACGGUCAAAGGGGUGGCGGUUGUUCUGA